UUUCUUCAGGUUAAAUUUUUAUAUUUUAGUGUUCGAGGAGUUAUAAUAUAUAUGAAAGUUUGUUCAAAGCAUUUUGAAGAGUCUGAUUUUCAUACACAAAGUAAGGAGCUGAGACAAGCAGAUUUGUGUUUGAGACCGAGAAAAACUAACUUGAGACGCCGAAAUUUGAAAAGAAAUGCAGUCCCAACAAAAAACCUUCCUACAGGUACUCAUGAGAACAUAAAGAAGAAAGAAAGACGGAAUUUAACUAGAUAUGAUCCUGUACAACAACCAAUUUUGAAAUCUGACUGUGAAGUAAUGACACAAAAUCAAGAUGAAAAUGAACUUCAUGCUCAGGAAAUGAUUCACAGGCCUGAUGAAUUGUUGGCUGCUGAAGCUCUAUGUGCUUUUAUCAAUAAGGACAAUUUGUGACAAUAUUACUACAAAUCAAAAGCUUAACAGCUUGACAGGGUUGAAUUCUUUCGAAAUGCUGAAAACUAUUGAAAUUUUAGUAUUAAGAAUAAAAAGAGAAAAUUUUGUUUCAUCCCUCAAUAUUAGGGAAAAAAUACAUUUACAAAAC